CUCCACCAUCCACGGCACCGUGGAUUUCAUCUUCGGCCGGGCCGCCGCCGUUUUCCAAUUCUGCGAAAUCCUCCCUCGCCGCCCCCUCCCCAAUCAGAUCAACACCAUCACCGCUCAAGGCAAAGAUUGCCCUUCCAUCCGAAGCGGAUUCUCCAUCCAUCUCUCCUGGAUUCUACCCGGUAAGGAUCUCAUAGACAAAACAGAUUUCUUUUAUACUUAUCUCGGCCGGCCGUGGAAGAAUUACUCGACUACGGUUUUUAUGCAAUGUUAUAUGGAUGGGUUCGUGAGGCCGGAAGGAUGGGUUGAAUGGGGCGAGGAGGCGGCGCCGGCGACUGUUUAUUAUGGAGAGUUUGAGAAUUAUGGUGGCGGGGCGGGGACCGAUGGGAGAGUGAAAUGGGAAGGGUAUAGGAGGAUGGGGAAGAAGGAAGCUGAGAGGUUUACUGUGGGUGAGUUCAUAGGAGGAGAUGAAUGGAUUUGGAACCAUUCAGUUCCAUAUAGGUCUGGCUUGCUAGAUUCAGAUAGUAUUGGAAGGGAAUGAUUAGUGGCAUUUUGUAUAUAGAUGGUAUUGGUAAUUGAAGUAUAAUGUAGUGCAAGGUUGCUUCAGACCAAGUAAAUUAUUAUGAAGUUUCUUAUCAGAAAGAAAGAUGGUGGUUUUAGUAUGAUCAUUUGUGUUUUAUUUAGUUGUGAAUUCUUUGCAAGUGGGAGAGCUUCUGACAGAAUGUCUUCAACUUGUUUUUAAGUCUUAGUUUGUGACGGCUUUCUUACUGCUUCUUAAAGCAGUUUUUUAGUAUAAAAAAUUUAAUUUUUACCCAUGAAUCUUGUAGAAAGAAAUGAUAUUUGAUUGCAAUGUGUCUGGUCCUGCCAUGAAAACAUGAAUCUUGUGCCAUUUCAAUUGCUAGUUUCAUCGUUUAAUACUGCCAGUAGAUCUGGCGGUCAACUGAAUGCCGAGAAUAAUGCUGGAAAUAUCACAUGUAUUCAGUGAAUUUCUUGUAGUGGUAGCCACCACCACGAAUCACUGAACCAACAUCACUGGCCACCAUCACAAUCAUCAUUGCCUCAUUGGCCACCAUUGAUAAAUUUUUUCAAAGAU